AUGGCGUUUCAUGAGAAUGUAAAAAAAAAGAUAAUUCCAUACCACUGUUUGGUUUCUGCACAGAGCCAUUUGACGCCAACACUCUUCACCUCCAUCCUGGCAGCCGUGCUGGGAUCCUUGCAGAUCGGUUACCACACCGGGAACAUCAACGCUCCAGCCAGGAUUAUUGAAGAGUUCUUCAACCACACCUGGAGAGACAGACACAACCAGACGAUUUCAGAUCACAGUCUGACUCUCCUGUGGUCACUUUCAGUCAGCAUUAAAGACUUUGGAGCCUUGCUGGGGUCACUGGGCGUCAAAUACGUGGCAGAUUCGUACGGAAGGCGCAACUCCAUCCUGAUAGUGAACAGUCUUUCCAUGGUGGGGGCAUGUUUGAUGUUUGCGUCCAAGGCCAGCAGGUCAUUUGAGGUUCUCAUCCUAGGGCGCUUGGUGUUUGGCCUGUUCUGUGGGCUGGUGAUGAGUCUGAAUCCACUCUACAUCCAAGAAGUCUCCCCCACUGAUCUGAGAGGGGCCUUUGCUACACUCAACCAGGUUUCCUUUGCCACAGGAAUAUUGGUGGGAAUGGUGGCUGGUCUGGAGUCAGCCCUUGGCACAGAGCACUACUGGGCCAUGAUGCUGUCCCUGUCUCUGAUCCCAGCCCUGAUUCAGUACCUGGUCCUGCCAUUCUGCCCUGAGAGCCCACGAUAUUUGCUUAUAAACAAAGGGGAGAUGAGCAAGGCAGAGGCAGCUCUGCUGAGACUGAGAGGCAGUAGUGACAAAGUGUUCGCUGAGCUGGAGGAAAUGAAAGAAGAAGCCGCUCACACUCAGAGCGGAGUAACCAUCCAUGAGUUCUUCAAGAAACGCAGCUACAGGCAGCCAAUCAUCAUCGUCCUCAUCGUCAACCUAGGCAGCCAGCUGUCUGGAUUCAACGCGAUCAUCAAUUACUCAACCAGAAUGUUUCAGGCCAAGUUUGAUGAAGCCAAAUACCUGACUCUGGGCGUGGGUGCUGUCAAUGUGACUUUCACCUUGGUAGCAUUCUUCCUGAUGGAGAGGGCAGGGAGGAGAAGGCUGCUCCUCACUGGGUUCAUCUCCAUAGCUGUGUGCAACCUAUUAAUGACCAUCGUGGACUCUGUCCUGUGCCUGGCUCCAGGACUUCGAAGCAUCCAGGUCCUGCUGGUUUUCUGCCUGAUUUCAGCCUACGAACUGGGCCCUGGACCUAUCUCUUGGUUCAUCGCAGCUGAGCUGUUUGACCAGCCCAGCAGACCCAUUGCUAUGGCCUUCACCAGCAUGCUGAACUGGGGAGGGAAGUUUGUCCUGGCACUGCUCUUCCCUCCUUUACUGAAAAUCUGUGGCGAGUACGUCUACCUCCUGUUCAUGGCUGUGGCUCUGACGGCCUUCACCUUCACCUGGAUUCGUCUGCCUGAGACUAAAGGUCGCACCUUUGAUGAUAUUGCAGAAGAGUUCAGAGGAGCAGAGGGGAUUCCUCUGCACAACAAAGCUGGGUUUAACACUUUCAACUAAACUUUGGCUUCAUGGUACAGUUACAGGGUCAGUUUAUUCUAUUGAUGAAAAGAAGGUGCAGAAAUAUACCUGUAAACCUGACAUUUGACUGAGGGCUUUGUUGUUUUUGUUCUUUUUUUUCCCCCUUUCUUUUCUGAUUUAAGUGUUUGUUUCUGAUGUCUUUCAAAUUUACUCAACUUAAGUGACAGUAGCUACACGCUCACAUUAACUUUUUUCAAAGACUGAGUAAAGAAAAUAACUGUCUAACCAACAAAAAGGCCGAAUUAAAGGCCAUGGUUGACUUCAGAACUCAUGAAAAAUAUGGAUAUUUUACAAUAAACUAAUGUAUGUAUGCUUUACUGUUUUAUAGUAGACUUAUAAAAAGCAAAUCAUCAGUCAAAUGUCUGACCUCAGACUUCAGCUGUUCUGUUUCACAGCAGUCAAAAAUAAUUCUGAAACAAAUGUGUCCUUUUCUGAGCCAAAUGAACCUUAAAAACAUAGAUGGUAGUAAACCAUGUGUCCUACAUCUAGGACUAGAACGUUUUAUUUGAAAGUUGGAUUUCUGCUGUGGUGCACAA